UUUUUUUUUUUUAAAUUUUCUUUACGCGUACACAUGUUGGAUCCCAAAGACUUUGAAGUUGCUUCUCCACCUUCUGAUAGUACUUCUGGCUUAGAAUUUUCUUCACAAGCUGAUUUUUUGGCUGUUUCUUCUUGGGAUAAUCAAAUUCGCAUCUAUGAAGUGCAACCUUCUGGUGCCACUGUGCCUAAAGCAGCAUAUUCACAUGAAGCUCCUGCUUUAUGUGUCAGUUGGAGUAAAGAUGGUACAAAAGUAGUUUCUGGUGGUGCAGAUAAAGCAGGCAGAAUGUUCGAUGUUGCUACAGGCCAAACAACGCAAAUUGCUCAACAUGACGAUACAAUCAAAUGUAUUCGAUUUUUAGAACAAGGCAAUGUGGUUGCUACUGGUAGUUGGGACAAGACAAUCAAAUACUGGGAUUUGCGUUCACCUCAACCUAUUGGUACAGUUCAACUUCCUGAGCGUUGUUAUACAAUGGAUUCAAAUGGCCUUUUGAUGGUUGCUGGUACUGCAGAAAAGCAUGUCUGUGUAUUUGACUUGAGUAAUCCUACUGUCAUCUUUAAGCAAUUAACAUCUCCUUUAAAAUGGCAAACACGCGUUGUUUCUUGUUUCGCUGACAGUAAAGGGUUUGCUAUUGGUUCAAUUGAAGGAAGAGUGGGUAUUCAAUAUGUUGAAGAUAAAGAUUCUCCUAAAAACUUUUCUUUUAAAUGUCAUCGUGAUGAUGCCAAGAAUGUAUAUGCUGUCAAUGAUAUCAGUUUCCACCCUGUUCAUGGUACUUUCUCAACAGCGGGUGGUGAUGGUACUGUCAGUUACUGGGAUAAAGACUCUAAGCAACGUUUGAAGCCAUUCCCUAAGGCUAAUGGUCAAAUCUCUCAUACAGCUUUCAACAGAAACGGUAGUAUCUUUGCCUAUUCAGUCUGUUAUGAUUGGUCUAAAGGCUAUAAGCAAGCAUUACCAAACAAUGUCAACAAGAUUUAUUUACAUGCUGUCAGAGAUGAUGAAAUUAAACCUCGUACACCCAAGAAGCGAUAAAUUAUCACUCUUUUAAAAAAUAUACAUUUUUUUUUCCCACUGCAUAA